AUGCCGCCAAACCAAGGUAUACUCGAUGGCAUUGGCCAAUGGGAAGAAACAAAGGAGGAAUUCUACUAUGACAACAUUAGUAGCGGUUCCAGCGAUGGCAGCCUUAGUCCCAUCGGUAGCCUCAAGAGCAUUCCCGUCAGCAACGGCAAGGGCUUUCUCGGCCGAGCUGCAUCUUCACUAUUGUGGCGAGCAACAAGCCCCCACACAGCUCGCGGCGACCUGAGACGGACGGCCUAUCUCGACGGCGUCCGUGGCUUUGCCGCAUUUAUGGUUUACCUACAACAUCACACACUCUGGGCACACAGCGAGCAAGAACACAAGUUGCUAGAGUCUUCUUUUGGCACCAAUGGACAAGUCUACCUCGCUACGCUCCCCGGGGUGAGGGCGUUUUUUGUUGGCGGCCAUUUUGCCGUCGCCAUAUUUUUCAUCAUAUCAGGCUACGUCCUGUCAACGAAGCCCCUAUCUCUCAUCCACGCUGGCGACCAUGCCCGGCUGUCAGAAAACGUCGGGUCCGCUCUCUUUAGGAGAUGGUUGCGGCUAUACAUUCCCCUGCUCGUGACGACGUUUUCUUUCAUGGCGUUCUGGAACCUCAGCCGGGUUUGGGUCUACGGCAUGGUUCACGAAAAGACCUUUCGAGACGAGCUCUGGCGCUGGUAUACGGAGGGCAAGAAUUUCACCUUUGUCUUCACCCAGGGCGGGGAUCCCUGGUUUCGAUACAACCCGCACCUGUGGUCGAUCCCGGCAGAGUUUAAAGGUUCUGUCGUGGUGUACACGACUCUGAUUGCACUGGCUCGAUGCACCCGCAAUGCACGCCUCUUGUGCAUGAUCGGUCUGAUGUACUACUUUAUGUACAUCGCCGACGGUUGGUACGCCGCCAUGUUCAUCAUGGGCAUGUUCCAGUGCGAGAUCGACCUGCUGUCUGCAAAGGGGGAGCUUCCUUCGCUGUUGGCGAGGUAUAGCGGCGUCGGACCCAUCAAGAAGCUCGUCAUGUGGCAUCUUUUUGCUCUCGCCGUCUACCUAGGUGGCAUCCCGGCCCACGACAUCAAAAUCGAAACGCUCCGAACCAACAGGGGCUGGUACUACCUGUCGUUCCUCAAGCCGCAGGCAGUGUUUGACUACAAGUGGUUCUACCUCUUUAUUGCUGCGUCAAUCGCCAUCGCCGUCAUCCCGCGCCUGCCGUCGCUCAAGCGCUUCUUCGAGACGCGAUUCUGCCAGUACCUGGGCCGCAUCUCGUACGGUCUGUACGUGGCCCACGGACCCAUAAUCUGGCUGAUCGGAGACCGUAUCUACACCGCCGUGGGGUGGCACGGCGAAGAACAGCUCAAGAACCUGCCGGGCUGGGCUGACAAGUUCCCCCUACCCAAGACGGGGCCGUUUGGGAUGGAGCUGGGAUACUUGCUACCACAUCUCAUCCUGUUGCCGUUGACGCUGUGGAUUUCGGAGCUUGUCACGCGGUUCGUGGAUGAACCUAGCGUGCGCUUCUCACAGUGGUUGUAUGGUAAGACGCUGGCGCCCAAGCCGACCAAAGCGAUAGGAGAAGCGUAG